AUGGCCGACCUUUCUUUAGGUCCCUUACGGAUCGCCAACCCAGAUGAUGCAUCACCAGACACCCCAUUACAACCUCAUCCUACAACUUCCUUCCCACGAGUCUCUCCACUCGUCGAUGCUCUGGGGAGACCCGGAGACUAUCUGCAAUCCAUCCCUCAGCGGCCUGACAGUCCUGUCUCACCCAUCGAAGAGGCUCCGCUAGAAGAUAUGCCAACUCCCACCGCCACUCCCACCGAUUCCUCCUUUGUACAGAAUGGUCGCCCCUCCGAUCGGUCUCAACCCCGACAGAAUAUCCCCUAUACCUACCAAGACCAACAACAAUCGCAGUUCCCACAGUAUCCCACCAUGGUUCCACAGAACCUUCACGACCCACGACAGAAUGCCUCCCGACCCGGUUCGACUUAUUACACUCAGAUGCCAGUAAAUGCUGCCAAUGGUAACAAUCUGUCUCGCCAGGGUUCCUACAGAGUCCGUAGUGACGGCUCAGCUUCAGCCGCAUUUCCUCAACGAUCGUCAUCAAAACGUUCCGGAAUCGGGGAUGUGGCCGGUGUCCCCUCGAGAGAUGAUAGUCAUACUGAGAGAUCAUAUGGACAAGGCCAAUAUAACUUUGGUAACGGCCCUUUACCUCCUAGGAGAAGCUCAAGGGGCUUGACCGGAGGUCGGAUGGGAAAUACACCCGCCGGAACGACACCUCUCUCAACCACACCAAAAUCAAUCCAAACACCCUUGUCCAGCUCGCCAUAUAAUAUCGAAGACCGUCCAUUAGCCAGCGCCGACAAUGACUGGCAAGAAAGAGGGGCCGCUGUAGGGGUCAAACGAGAAUAUGAUGCCGAAGGUCGGCAAGUUCUGAAGGCUGUCAAGAAGGGAGUCAAGGAUUUCAACUUUGGCCAAACCUUGGGUGAAGGAUCUUACAGUACGGUGCUUGCAGCUCAAGACCGACAGAGUGGGAAAGACUAUGCGAUCAAGGUCCUGGAUAAACGUCACAUCAUCAAGGAGAAAAAGGUCAAGUACGUUAAUAUCGAAAAGGACACUCUGAACCGGUUGACAGACCAUCCAGGGGUGGUGAGGCUUUACUAUACCUUUCAGGAUGAAAGAUCGCUAUAUUUUGUUCUCGAUUUGUGUCCGGGUGGAGAGUUGUUGGGAGUGUUGAAAAGAAUGUCGACUUUCGAUGUGGAGUGUACACGGUUUUACGCGGCACAGAUACUGGACACGAUUGAAUAUAUGCACAGCCGUGGAGUGAUACACCGAGAUUUAAAACCCGAAAAUCUAUUGCUUGACGACAACCGGUAUAUCAAAGUCACUGAUUUCGGAACCGCCAAGAUACUACCAGAAAAGAAGGAUGACGAUGGAAGACCGGUUGGAUUCGAGUCUGAUUCAACGUCGUCCGAGAAUCGAGCGAGUUCGUUUGUUGGGACUGCUGAGUACGUCAGCCCCGAGCUGUUAACUGACAAAUGCGCCUGCAAGGCCAGCGAUUUAUGGGCCUUUGGUUGUAUUGUCUAUCAACUUUUGGCGGGACGGCCGCCGUUCAAGGCUGUCAAUGACUAUCAUACAUUCCAGAAGAUUGUCGGGCUCGAUUACGAGUUUCCUCGAGGGUUUCCUGAGGUCGCCAGAGAUUUGGUUGAGCGACUGCUGGUACUGGACCCCCAGAUGAGGUUACCUAUCGAACACGCGAAGAAUCACCAAUUCUUCCAAGGCAUUCAAUGGGGUCGAGGGUUGUGGCAACAACCAGCACCUCGGUUGAAAGCCUAUGUACCGCCCCCAGCACCGCCCAUCAAGCUCAAUGGAGAAGGUGCUCAAACGAACUAUCCUCCUGACAUUGGAUCGAGCCACAGCACACACCCGACAAUGCUCCCGCCCAGCAACCAGAAGCCCAAGCCGAGAGUGAUUACGGAACUACCUCCUCCUAGCCAACUUGACAUUGAAUGGUCUCCAGUACUGACCAGGAACAAUGAGAGGAUACUGAAAUUGGGGAAUCUUUCUGUGCUAUCCGCACCCAAUCCCCACAGUCCGCACGGCAAUGAGGGCGGGGGGAAGUUAUCACGGUUGUUCGGAGGGAGCACGACGAAGAAGAGGCAGAGGUUGGUGAUGGUGACGUCGAGUGCUCGGAUUAUCAUCGCGGCUGCGGGAGGUGAAGAAAAGAAGUCCAAGUCGGAGAUAUCAUUGCUUUCGCCGGGCAUUGAAAUCUCCAGUGCCACUGAUAUGAAGGGGGUUACUCAGUGGAUUGUCAACACACGGGACAAGCACUAUGUUUUUGAAGAUCAGAAACCUUCAUCUGGAGAACAAAUGGCAUCAGCCACAUCGGCGCAAGAAUGGCUCGACACUCUUGUCCGAGCACGCGAGAUUGCCAUUUCAUUACAGACACAAAACUCGAAUAACAAUUACUCGACGGAUGAUUCACUCAACAUAUCGUCAUCGGCACUUUCCAGUCAUGCGAGCACGAUUGACCACGCGACGGAUCUGAACCCACCAUCCGGGAGUCACUCACACAGUGGGCGAGGAAUACUACACAAGCAACAUUCUGGAGGGGACGCGGAAUCCCUCAAGGGAAGAAAACGAUUCAGUAAAAGACAGUCCAAGAGUGGGCUGACGGCGGUGUUUUGA